AAAAAAAAAAAAAGUAGGUACUCCCUUAUGUACUCCCCAAUACGUACACAUACCUUCUGCUCAUAUAGGUUACUAUCAUUAUAGCUUAUUAUACUACUUCUCUCCAACAUAUAUACGCCGAUGUAUAUUAUUCUGCCCAUACAAUAUAUCCUAUCCAUUCGUACAAUCUUGCAAUUUAUUAUAAUCUUAAUAGGAUAUACAGUUACGGCCGACUGGCCAAUCGAAUGAGAAUCUGACAAAAAAAACCCGAGUUACACGUUAGCAACUGUCUUUUUAACAACUGUGUGUCUUCACCAUUCUCGAUAGAUAACAUAGCUUUAUAACAUCAGAUAAUAUUUACUGGUAUAUCUCCAUUAUGUUUAUAUUGAUCAAUGGACCGUUUCAUUAUCAGCAUCAACCAGUUCAAGGUUUUUGAUACAUAUUUAAGAGAGACUUAAGUUGUAUUUUAACUUCAAUGCAGACUAAUCAUAACUUAAUAGUUAGUUCCUAAGCCUUGUAAAUCUGAUAUGUAGGUAGUUAUUAGAUUAUAAUUUUGUUUCAUCCCAAAUUAAGCAUCGGUAAUCUGGUAGUCAGAAAGAAAACGUUAAGAAACAAAAGAAUUUAAACACCGAUUUUUGAAGUGUUCUUAUGUAUUUGAACUGUGGCACCUUGGGUGGGAAGGCGCAUGCUCAGGGACUGCGGAAUCGAUAUAAUAUCUGUGUUAGGUGCCGGAUGUCACGCAAUCUCGGAUUUGUUUUUACUUUGUUUGAGAAUAGUCCUUAUAAUUUUUAAUAGUUGGAGUAGGACAAAGUUUCACAGUGCGUUCGUGUGCCGGUGAUACGGCCGUGGCGGACGGAGAGGGUUCCGUGGUGGCGGGGGGCGUCGGCCUCACCGUGAGUAGCAAGGUGUACCCGAGUCCGGGGGCGGCGCGCGGCGUGUGGGCCCUGCCGCAGCCGCCCCCCUGCACCAUGGCAGCGGAAGAGCCUCUGCCACCGUGUUCGCCGAUGUCUCCGGACGCGCCCGCCGCACCGCCGCGCACUAUCACCAGUUACAAUCAACAUUCUGAUCUACAUCAACUAAUUUUUGAAGCCGUCCGAUCUGGUGAAGUGUCCGAAAUUGAGCGCCUUGUAGAAAAGCUUGGCGUGGAAGUGUUGAGCGCUCGAGACCAGCAUGGCUACACGCCUGCUCACUGGGCCGCAUUGGAUGGGAGCGUCGCCGUUAUGCGCUACCUCGUCGAGCGAGGAGCCCCCAUAGACCUCUCUUGUUUAGGAACGCAGGGCCCUCGUCCGAUACAUUGGGCAUGUCGCAAAGGACAUGCAUCGGUAGUCCAAGUACUCUUACAAUCCGGAGUUGCUGUCAAUGCUGCCGAUUUUAAAGGUUUGACGCCACUAAUGACGGCCUGCAUGUAUGGGAAGACGGCGACAGCGGCGUAUCUCUUGGGUAUGGGGGCAGCGACGCGACUAUCAGACAUCAACGGAGAUACUGCACUUCACUGGGCGGCGUAUAAGGGACAUGCGGAUUUAGUUCGCCUGCUCAUUUACUCCGGCGUUCCCUUGCAUUGCACUGACAAUUUCGGGUCCACGCCUCUGCAUUUGGCGUGUUUAUCCGGCAAUUUAACUUGCGUGCGACUGCUUUGUGAAAAGGUAAAAGCUGAACUGGAACCCCGAGACAAAAACGGGAAAACGCCGUUGAUGUUAGCACAAAGUCACCGACAUUUAGAAGUCGUGAAGUUGUUACAAAAGGAGAUGAAACGGAAAUCGCAUUGGAUGCCGCCUCUAUCUGAACUGUGGGCUUUAUUAUUCGGAGGAGCAGGCGAUUCGAAAGGACCUCUUCUCUUCUUUUUAAUCUCAGUACUUCUUUGGGGAUAUCCCAUGUAUGUGAUAAGAUGCAUCCCACUGACAUGGAAUACAUUGCGUCUCUCACAUUACUGUUUCCUUUAUUGGAAUGCAAUCAUGUGGCUGAGCUGGGUCAUUGCCAAUAGACGGGAUCCUGGCUAUAUUCCACAGAAUUCGGAGACUUACUACAGAGCCAUCAGACAGAUACCGUAUUACGACAAAUGGAAGAAGAGGAACGUGAUUCUUUCUCGGUUGUGCCAUACCUGCCGAUGUCUAAGACCUCUGAGGGCUAAACACUGCCGCAUUUGCAAACGCUGCGUCGCCUACUUCGACCACCACUGCCCGUUCAUCUACAACUGCGUGGGCGUUCGCAACAGGAUGUGGUUCUUCUUGUUCGUGAUGAGCGUCGCCAUCAACUGCACCCUCUCUAUUUACUUCGCCUGCUACUGCCUGCUGCUGGAAGGUUUCGGACUGCUCUAUGUCCUUGGCCUGCUAGAAGCAAUCACCUUCUGUGCCCUAGGAUGGAUCCUUACUUGUACUUCGAUAUUGCACGCUUGCAUGAAUUUAACGACAAACGAGAUGUUUAACUACAAAAGAUAUCCUUAUUUGAGAGACAAACGUGGUCGUUACCAAAAUCCAUUUUCUCGAGGACCUAUUAUGAACUUGAUAGAGUUCUUUGUGUGCUUGCCCGACAAGUGCGAUGAACAAGAUAUAUUUCACGAGGAGACCAUAUGAUGCGAGGCGCAAUGACGCAAUGGCCUGAAUGGACCAAGGUCUGAGAAGGAUCUUCAAAAAUAAUAGAUCUCAUUAUUAAAUGUAUAUUUUUGCUAAGCUAAGGUUCAAAUUUUAUGGACAUAUUUAGAUAUUAUUUACUUUAAAGAGACUUUAACAACAAUCAUUCUUAAGUCAAAGUUGUACAAAUGAAUUGCGAAUGGGUCGAAAAGUUUAGAAAGGCGAGAGUAAGCUCCUCUGUUACAAAAAGUAUCAGCUGACUGCUAUUAUUCUGGUAUUAGAAAGUAAGAGCACCGCGUUCGAAUACCACACCACUGACUGCUGAAUUUAUUGCAUCAACAUAGUGGAAGUUAAUGAUGAACCUACAAGCCACACGCAUUGUUUCGCAACACGUUACACGACAGACUCAAUCUCUAUUGAACUUAUACCAAAUGCUAAUAAUAUAUUUAUUAUAGGCUUGUUAAUUAAUAAACUACCUAUCUAUUUAUAGAGUUUUUAUGUACCCUCAGUCCCGCAUAAUAAUAAGCGUAUCUAUUAAGCAAGGAAGGUUUAUAAUAGGUCUGAUUUAAAUAAAAUAACUUUAUAAUGUUGUGCUACAGCAAUGUAAUUAUUAUCAAACAAUUAAAAAGAAGAACAAAUUAAGUAUUUGAAUAAGCUACAUGAUGUGUGAAUAGUUUAAUAAUGAAAUGACAUUAGUAAAGAUCAUGUAUGCAUUUUAAUGAAAUAAAAUUAAUUAUAAUAAUAAAUUCAGGCAGACUUUCUAUAAAUAGCCUACAAUUGUUCACUUUCCGCUUACAUACUGGGUAAAUUGUUUACCCUUCUAAUUAUCACAAUUCUCUUACACAUCAGUCGACAAUACACGUUGUAUAAGCACAUACGUAUUUACGAGUACAUAAAUAACUUUCAUCAAACUAUACCAACACAUGAGCAAUCCGGGGGACAGACCAGCUGA